AUGUCGAAAGUUGUCAGUAACAAGGAGAAGAAAUCCUUCAGCAAGAAGCUGUUCCGCAGGAGCUCAGUCCGCUCCGUGGGGAGCUUCAUGAACAGAGUUCUACGGACUCUGUCCACUCUGUCUCAUUUCGGUACCGACGAGCAAGCCGCCGCCGCCGCCGCAGACAAGGCCGAGGCAACUUUAGUUCCCAACACCACGGGGGGCUCGGUCCCAUCUGACGACAGCGACUGCGGAGGGUUCCCUUUCGGGGACAAGGUCCCGGGGGUUGCCGGGCUGAAAAACCAUGGCAACACCUGCUUCAUGAACGCUAUCUUACAGUGCCUGAGCAACACGGAGCUGUUCGCUGAGUACCUGGCUCUGGAGCAGUUUAAAGGAGAAGAGACGGGCAGCGACAACGACAAGGCCAAGUCCAAUGGGGUCCUGGUGCAGAAGAAGGCCGCCAGCCAGCCGCAGGAGACCGGGGAGGUCACCGAGCAGCUGUCCGGUCUGGUUCGGGCUCUCUGGACCUUUGAGUACACCCCUCAGCACAGCAGAGACUUCAAGAACGUGGUGUCGAAGAGCGCCCUGCAGUUCAGAGGUAACUCCCAGCAUGAUGCCCAGGAAUUCCUCCUCUGGCUGCUGGACAGGGUUCAUGAAGACCUGAACCAGAUCGUCCACCCUGACAGCAGACCCCCCAGGAAGCUCUCUGCCCUGUUUGGUCAGCCUCCAGUGGAGGAAGAAACAGCCCCUGAAGGAUCUCCGCUACCAGCCCCUGGCUCUUUUGUGCAGGAGCUGUUUCAGGCACAAUACAGGUCGUCCCUGACUUGUCCUCACUGCCAGAAGCAGAGCAACACCUUCGAUCCUUUCCUCUGCAUCUCACUGCCAAUCCCAGUUCCUCACACACGACCUCUGUAUGUGACGGUGGUGUACCAAGGAAAGUGCUCACACUGCAUGAGAGUUGGGGUGGCCGUGCCUCUGUCGGGGACCGUGUCCAGGUUGAGACGAGCUGUGGAACAAGAGACCAAAAUCCCUGCCCAGCAGAUCGUCCUCACGGAGAUGUACUUCGAUGGCUUUCAUCGCUCCUUCUGUGAUGACGACGAAGACCUGGAAAUCAUUCAGGAGAGCGACUCCAUCUUUGCGUUCGAGACGCCGGAGCUCUUCAGACCAGAUCAGAUCCGUUCGAAACGUGGCGGAAGCCCACAUUUAAAUCUCAAUCACAACAAUUUGAAGUAUGGCACAGAGAAUAACCGCAUAUCCGCGCAGAUCCAAGAGCCCACCACUCCACCUCAGAGUCCCAAUAAGAACAGUGGGCAGGCUGAGAAGAUCGUGCUGUUGGUGUGCAACAGGGCCUGCGCUGGACAGCAGGGACGCAGAUUUGGGAAUCCUUUCAUCCUCUACCUGGAGCGUACGGUGACAUGGGAUGUGCUGCAGACUGAGAUCUUGGAGAAAAUGAAGCAUCUUCUGCGGCCUGGUGUACUCGUUCAGGUGGGGCCAUUCACCUUGCGUGUGGUAGGAGUGGUUGGAAUCACCUAUCUGUUGCCUCAGGAGGAGCAGCCGCUCUGCCAUCCAUCUGUGGAGAGGGCGUUCAAGUCGUGUGGUCCAGGAGGACCACCUCAUGUCAAAAUAGUGGUUGAAUGGGACAAGGAGACAAAAGACUAUCUGUUCAAAAGAACCGAGGACGAGUACAUCCCAGAUGCUGAGAGCGUACGGCAGGUGAAGGAGCAGCAUCUGCAGCCUCAGAACUGCACGCUGGCCCAGUGUUUGCAACUAUACACCAAAGAAGAGCAGCUUGCCCCUGAUGAUGCGUGGAGGUGUCCACAUUGUAAGCAGCUCCAGCAGGGCAGCAUCAAGCUCAGCCUGUGGACACUUCCUGACAUCCUGAUCCUCCACCUGAAACGCUUCAGACAGGAUGGGGACCGACGCAUGAAGAUGCAGAACAUGGUAAAGUUCCCGCUCAACGGUAUGGACAUGGCACCUCACAUCGUAAAGAGGAGCCAGAGCAGCUGGAGCCUCCCCUCCCACUGGUCACCAUGGAGACGACCUUACGGGCUGGGGCGUGACCCGGAGGACUACCUGUAUGACCUGUAUGCAGUGUGUAACCACCAUGGCACCAUGCAGGGGGGGCAUUACACAGCUCACUGUAAGAAUUCCAUCGACGGACAGUGGUACUGCUUUGAUGACAGCGAUGUUCAUCCCAUAUCUGAGGACGACGUCUGCAAGCUAACUGCUUACAUCUUGUUUUAUCAACGACGUGCCACAAUCCCAUCUUGGUCUGCCAACAGCUCUGUUGGAGGUUCCACCAGUUCCUCUCUGAAUGAACACUGGAUAAGUCGGCUGAUGGGAAGCCGUCCACCCAGCCAAGCCUCAUCUGGUUCCUCCAGACGGACCUCGCUGGCGUCUCUCUCUGAGUCAGCGGAGUUUGCUGGUGAAAGAAGCGAGGACGACGGUCUUUCAACCCGACCAGCAGUCAGAGGCAUGCAAAGGCAAACCUUCUCCUUAAGAUCUUCAAUUGCCAGCCCUCUUGCUCUGAGUGAGAACGGCUCAAAACCAACCUGGCCCCACUCAGCUAAGCUCCAGCUCCGCUCCAACUCUCCAUCACGCUUCUCCCUGGAGUCCCACUCUUCUCCUACGCUGGAGAGGAUAGGAGAGGUGGCUGAUAGCCCGCUGACAGAUCCAUGUUUCACUGGUUCCCCUAAGCCAGAUAAAGUGUCUGGUGGGAAGUCAGCUCUUGCUGCUUUGGACAGUAAUGUCAGCAGCAGGAGGUUGAUAGAGCAGGGGUGCUUCAAGACUGUUGUACAAACAGAGCGAAGGAGCUCCAUUCAGACUGGGGAAAACAACGCCACGGCGGCUGAGCAGAUCAGUCCUCGACACAGUUUAUCGCCAAAAGAUCCCAAGCAAAGAAACGGGACGGCAGAUAGUGUUGGCGUCAAAAGGACCUCCAAUAAGACUGUGUUGGAGGGUGAGAGGAGUCCCAAGAAACGACCUGCCACCUCUUCGACAUCAUCCAGCUCUCUCUCCCCUGCAUCCCCGGCCAUUGAAAAGUCACCAUCUCGACCGCAGUCCAAAGGUUCAACGGUGGCUUCAACAUCCAACCCCAGGGACAGGAGCAGUGGGCCACCUAAAACAAGCAAGGGGGGUUCCUCAAGAACAGCAACUUCAUCCAAGAAAGUGCUCCCCCAAACCCCAGAGUUGCUACACCCUGACUCACAGCAGAAGAAGAGUGGUUCUCCAGGGUUACAGAGCUCACACCCCCAGAGAAAGUCAUCCCCCAGAGGGGGCGCUGAGAAAACCUCAGCAACAGAAAGGACUAGAGCAGCAGACAGGAGCGCUAGCCGUGAAACUUCUCGAGCAAAAUCAACGUCAGAUAGGAAAGUCAGUCACGGAGGUCCUCCCUCCAGGUCGGGUGGUGCUAGUAGGGCAGAGGCAAGGUCGGGCAGGGCUCUGGAGGACAGGGCAGCAGGCCGCACCUCCAGCAGUAGCUCUUCCAUGACUAGUCUCCGAUCUUCAGGUGUAGGCCUCUCCUCUGCUAGCGCCGCUUCAGCUUCUAAGGAAGCUCGGGGGAACAGUAAGACGGAAGACAAAGGCUUGUCCUUCUUUAAAAGUGCUCUGAGGCCCAAGGAGAACCGUAAACCAGGUGAGAGUGGAAAAACAGGGAUGGGAGAAACAAAGGAAUGUCCAGAGGACGGGGUUGGGGACACAACCAGAGAAGCAACCACUGGUGGGGUGAACAAAAAACCCCAAAAUGCAGCUUUAGAAGCCCAGAACAACGUGACUACAGCCAAAGACAAAGAGUCCUCUAAAGCAUCAGCUGCAGCUAAACAUUCACUGCUGUCAUCCACCAAGUCCAAGCUCUCUGAAGCACAAACGAUCACUCAGUCAGCUGCCAACACUAAGGACCCUUCAAAGAAAGAGCCUGCUAAAAAGACUCUACAGUCCAGGAAGAUCCCCAUCAACUCCACACAAACUAGCCAGAGAUCCAAGUGACGUUUCAUCAAGGGUCUUGAUCCAGUCUUUCUAGUGCAGCUCUGAGGUCUUUUUUUUUACCAUCCAAGCGAUUGACAAACAUCUGUAAAACACCCUUAGCUUUUUCAGUGGCCUCUGAAUCCCAGCUGCCACCUCAAACACUUACCGAACGAAUUUUCAACGAAGCACUUUGUACGGAUUGCAUUGAUUUCAAAGAAUAUUCUACUGAAUUGUAAAUAAGCAUGGGCGUGUGUUGAAUCUAUUGCCUUGUCCUGUCUGUAGCAUCGCCGCGGAGAGGAACGUCUCAGUCAGGACCGAAGGGAGGAAAGGCACUUUUCAGAUACAUCAAACACGUGGACAGCUCAGCCACCAAAGAAAGUUUAUGGCAGUUUUUAACACGCUGAUGCAGUGAAUACUUUUCAGAUAUCACUUUGUACUGCUCUCUGGUACCGAGAGCCAACAACAAACAUCAGUGCCUCAGAUUAUCUUAGAAGUAUUUAAUCUAAAUUGUAUACCUGCAGGUGUUGGUAAAUUUGUAAUUGAAUUAUUAAUAUUUACUAAGCACUGAAAAUGUCGUUUUAAUGAAAACACAGUUAAGCCUGUUUAACCUGAACUCCUGUUUACAUUAUGCUCUUCGGUGUAACUCUGCAACAGCCUUUAAGAUGGAAGAUUUCUGUAUCCAGCCAAAAUACAUCACGGAGAGGUCGAGAAGGGGCAAAGGAACGCAGCGAGGGUGGCUGGUGUCAAACGUCCGGAAGCCUUGGCUUUCCUAGUGUUUGCAGCCAGACCCUAACCCCAACCUCCCACACACACACACACACACACACACACACACACACACACACACACACACACACACACACACACACACACACACACACACCUGUCCCCACCGCUUACAGUUUCUGAAACCAACAUUUACCGGCGAUGCCUCUUCAGACUGCCAGACAUCUCCAAACAUUCCUCUCAGAUGAUCACAGGGUCGAUGAGAACAAAAACUAAAACAAUCACCUCAUGCAACAGAACAAGACAGCUGGGCUGCCAUUGCUGAACACCACUCUUGUACAUAGACAAGCGCUACAGUGCGUUGAGUCUCCAACAUCACAGCUUGUGCACAUUUUUAGCUCGAGAGUAGAUCAACGCUGACUGAGGAGAGUUCCUGAACUGACAUGACAGUAGUUGCAUGAUGAAUUGCUUAUGCAUGCACUCAACUAUGCAAGCGGAUUCUUGCUAAUGCCCACACUGAGUAUGUAGAAGUGCUACUCUUGAGUUCAUUCGUCACUGUAGAGUUCUUCAAAUGCCUGCAUCUGGGAGCACGUGAAGGCAUCUUUUAUUCAAGCUUUGUUUGCACAUUUUCUCCAGAGUAAUAUAUGCAUUUUGUAUGAAUGAUAAGUAAUGCUCAUUCACCCUCUCAAAGUAAAUCAGUUCACCUGCAAACAA